AUGGCCUCCCGAAGGGUCAGUGGAAGGAGGAGGACGGUGCUCGCCCGUCAUGGCCCCCGCCAACAGGAAUACGAGGCUGUGUCCGAAAAGUACAAGGGCAACGCGAUCCGAACCACCAAAUACAGCUUGUUGACUUUCAUCCCCAUGAACUUGUUCCAGCAGUUUCACAGGGUGGCCAACAUUUAUUUCCUGUUCCUGGCGCUGCUCAACUGGGUGCCAGUGGUGGAAGCCUUUGAGAAGGAGAUCACCAUGAUUCCUCUGCUCGUGGUUCUUACAGUCAUCGCUAUUAAAGAUGCGCUCGAAGACUACAGACGCUACCUGUUCGACAAGAAGGUCAACAACAACGUGGUGCGAGUUUUCUGUGGCAAGCAGAAAUCCUACUUGGACCGGUGCUGGAAGGAUGUGCGGGUCGGAGACUUUGUCCAUCUGUCCUGUAAUGAAAUCAUCCCGGCUGACCUGCUGCUGCUGUAUUCCUCUGACCCCCAUGGGGUUUGUUACAUCGAGACGGCUAACCUGGAUGGAGAGACCAACCUGAAACAGAGACAGGUGGUUUCAGACCUCGCUCUGCAGGACGUAGACUUCACCCCCGAAAGCUUCCACAGUCGUAUUGAGUGCGAGAAUCCCAACAAUGAUCUCAGCAGGUUCAGAGGUUACAUAGAGCACUCCAGUGGGGUUCGCGUCGGCCUCCAUAGCAGCAACCUUCUGCUGAGGAGCUGCACCAUUCGAAACACUGAGACAGUGGUUGGCAUUGUGGUUUAUGCUGGUCAUGAGACUAAAGCCAUGAUGAACAACAGCGGGCCGAGGUAUAAACGCAGCAAGCUGGAGAAGCGCCUGAACACUGACGUCCUGUGGUGUGUCGUCGUCCUCAUCGUCAUGUGUCUGACUGCUGCGUUAGGUCAUGGCCUCUGGCUGAAGAACCUCAAAGACCCCAUUUUUGAGGUUGAUGGUGAAACCUCUCCUGCUCUGGCUGGGUUCUAUGUCUUCUGGACUAUGAUCAUUGUACUCCAGGUCCUGAUCCCAAUUUCUCUCUACGUCUCCAUUGAGAUUGUGAAGCUGGGCCAGAUCUACUUCAUCCACAAUGACUUGGACCUGUACAACGAUCAGCUGGACUCCAGGAUCCAGUGCCGGGCUCUCAACAUCACAGAGGACCUGGGCCAGAUCCAGUACCUGUUCUCAGACAAAACAGGAACGCUGACUGAAAAUAAGAUGGUGUUUCGUCGCUGCAGUAUUUAUGGGGUUGAAUAUCCUCAUGAGGAAAAUGCGCGUAGGCUGGAGGUGUACGAGGCAGAGCCGAACGAGGAGACCAAUCGCACUGUGACUCUGAAGUCGGGCUUCAGCGGGAAAUCUCUGAGCUGUCGCUCCGUUAACUGCAACCGCAGCUCCGUGUCUCUGCACACGCUCACUGCUGAAUCAAUGGAGGAGGAAGACCAACUGUCCAAUCAUGUCCCGGCGAGGGCAGGCGUCUUCUGCAGCCGCAUGGCGAAGGACGUGGUCCCUGACCCGGAGCUGGUCAGGAAGUUGAACUGUCUCUGCUCUUCUGUGCUGUAUCUGAGAGACAGCUCCUCUAAGACGUUAUCCAGUCUGGAGCUCACCUACAUCACCGACUUCUUCUUGGCUCUCGCCAUCUGUAACAGUGUGGUGGUCUCCUCGCCCAGCCAGCCUCGCCAUGUGGUGCCUGAAGCACAAACUCCUCUGAAGUCUCUUGAGGAAAUUAAGCUGAUGUUCCAACGUCUCAGCUUCUACCCUCCCCAAAUCAAAGGGAGCCCUCGCAGCUUCACAAGUAGGCUCUUCACUCGGGGGAAGACUGGCUCCUUCACGUUCCCCCUUCCCACAAACAACAGCACAAACGGGUCACACUCUGCUCCGGAGAGCAACCAGGAAACCAACAAAGGUCAAGUGGACCUUUUAGCAAAAGGAGACGGAGAUAAUUCUGUAAAUAUGGAGGACCAGGAAGAGCUGGAAGUUCACGUGGAUGCAAAAGGUGAUGGGCCCAAGCAGGAUGGGAAGGACUUGAACAUAGAUGUUGAGUUGGAGGACAGUGACGAUGAGCUGCUCUACGAGGCGGAGAGUCCCGAUGAGGCGGCGCUGGUCUACGCAGCUCGAGCGUACCACUGCACCCUGAGGGGUCGCUCUGCUGAGAGCCUGCUGGUGGAGCUGCCGGGAAUCGACUCUCUGUCAGUGCAGCUGCUUCACAUCCUGCCCUUCGACUCCAACAGGAAGAGGAUGUCUGUGGUGGUCCGACACCCCCUCACAGGACAGGUGGUGGUUUACACCAAAGGAGCCGACUCCGUCAUCAUGGAUCUGGCUGAAACGCCUAAAGGUGCAGAACAGGAGAUCUACAGUCACGUCAGAGAACAAACCCAGAAACAUCUGGAUUCUUAUGCCAGAGAGGGCCUCCGCACACUCUGCAUCGCUACAAAGGUUCUAGAGGAGGAGGAGUAUGUUGUGUGGUUGAAGCGGCAGCUGUUGGCGGAGAGCAGCAUCGAGAACAGAGAGGAGCUGCUGCUGGAGUCUGCCGAGCUGCUGGAGACGGACCUGAACCUGCUUGGCUGCACAGGGAUCGUAGACCGACUGCAGGAGGACGUCCCAGAGACCAUCGAAGCUCUUCAGAAGGCGGGGAUCAAAGUUUGGGUUCUCACCGGAGACAAACAGGAGACGGCUGUCAACGUGGCUAACGCCUGUAAACUUCUGCGCUCCGACGACCAGCUGUUGACGGCAAACUGUGGAAGUAAGGAUUCGUGCGCAGCUUUACUCGAGGAGCUCAUCCUUGAAGUCCAGAGUGGUGGAGACGGUUUGAUGGAGCGGACAGACGAAUCGUCCUCGAGCAGCGCCACCAGCUUUGUCCUGGUUAUCGAUGGCCGGACACUAGAGUGGGCUCUGCAGGACGAGCUGAAAGGCAGCUUCCUGGAGCUGAGCCAGAAAUGCAAGGCAGUAAUCUGCUGUCGGUCCACCCCGCUACAGAAGAGCAAGAUGGUCCAUCUGAUCCGAGACCAGCUCGGUGUCAUGGCCCUGGCUGUGGGUGAUGGAGCUAACGAUGUUAGCAUGAUCCAGGUGGCUGAUGUGGGAAUCGGGAUUUCUGGUCAGGAGGGAAUGCAGGCUGUGAUGUCCAGUGACUUUGCCAUCUCCAGAUUCAAACACCUCAAGAAGCUGCUGCUGGUUCAUGGCCACUGGUGUUGCCAUCGUCUCGCAAACAUGAUCCUCUACUUCAUCUACAAGAACGUGAUGUACGUGAAUCUGCUCUUCUGGUACCAGUUCUUCUGUGGUUUCUCUGGAAGCGUCAUGAUCAACGCCUGGGUGCUCAUCCUCUUCAACCUGGUCUUCACUUCAGUUCCUCCUCUCAUCUACGGCAUCCUGGACCAGGACAGGCCUGCAGAAGCUCUGAUGAAGCUGCCUGAGCUCUACAAGGCUGAGCAAACUUCCAAGAUCUACGUUUCCUCCACGUUCUGGAUCUCAGUCCUUGAUGCCUUUUACCAAAGUCUCAUCUGCUUUUUCAUUCCUUACUUUGCGCUGGCUGGAUCGGACGUUGGGGAUCUGUCCUUCGGCUCGCCGAUCAACACCUCGGCCCUCUUCAUCAUCCUGCUGCACCAAGUCAUCGAGAGUAACACGCUGUUCAAACUGAUUAAAAGUGUUUUUGUCACAGACGUGGAUCCACGUGCUGGUGCUGGUGCUCAGCGCCGGCUCGUACUUCGUCUUCACGCUGCCCUUCAGUGCCUUCUGUGUGGUCUGCGGUAA